AUGCGUCGCGGACCAGACAUGGGCAGACCUUCCCUUGCCUCCCGCCAAAGUGUAUUGCAUGCCUUCACACAGGUGUUUAUCGACGACGAGUGGCUCUUACAAGGGGUUUGGUUCAACCUGCUCACUACACUGGGCUGCGUGCAUUCCAUGAUGUUCGGUACGUUUCAUAUGGAUUUCUUCAUGCAGCGAGGCCUUACUGCCCUGGAGGUCGCAGCGGUGCACAGUUUCUUUUCGGUCUGGAACCCUUUGAACGACAUCUUUGCGGGUUUGUUGGUGGACGAGUGGGUGCAGCGAGGCUUCGGCUCUCGGCUUCAGCUCGCAUUUUGGGCCCACGUCGGCUACGCGGUGGCCUCCUGGUUCGCGUUUCAGGAUCUCUCUUUGCCCGUUUGGCUCCACUACGCCCUGGCCAUCAGCUCCUCAGAUGGUUUUGCGGCCGUGGCAAGCGCUGUCAACGGCCUUGUGAUCAUCGAGCAGACAGAGGAAGAUCGCCAGAGGAUCCAGAUCCAGCGGAUCAAUUCCAUUUUCGGCUGCUGCGAGUGGCUUGUCAUGGCUUGUGCCUACUUUCUCUGGGAUGCAAGGCCCGCAAGCUGCGGGCCCUUCCGGAGCUACCUGACCAUUGUCUGCCUGCUCUCCGUCCUAACCACCGCAAUGGCCGUGAAAGGGCUCCGAAACUCGGCCACGAUGGGCGCCAAGGUGGGCGCCAAGGGCCGGCGCAGCGGAGGAGAAACUUUCUGGCAGCGCCUGAGGCCUUUCCUUGGCAUGGUGCGGAAGCAUCGGAACUUCUGGCGCUAUGUCCUCCUGACUGCAGCGCUUGAGGCCGAGGUAGUCUUCUUCCGACAGUUUGAUGUCGUGCUGAUACGCGUGCUGUUGACUUCGUUGCCCUGGGCUUCAAAGCUACUGCUGGUUGUUUGCGAUCCUCUCUGUGGCACGCUGUCGUUUGCUUUGACGUGGGUGGCGGAGAGGCCCCACAUGGGCAUCUACGGCGUCAGUUUGGUGGCCCUGAAAGUUCGAAUGUGCGUUUGCGUGGUGGCAGCUUCCGUGCUUGGACUGUCCUGCAUAACCUCACAGGCAGAGAGUCAGAGUGGCGACGAUUUCAGGUCCAAUCUGCUUCUGUCUCUUCUUCUCGGCCUGCUGAUGGUAGCAUGCCGCGCUGCUACACGGCCUGCUACCUCCUUGGGUGGCAUUGUCUUCGCCUCGGUGAUACAGGAGCACAGCCUGGUUGCCGAAGAGGCUCGGGAGAAAGGCUCUGCGGACGUUCCCUUGAAGACCGCCAAAGAGAUUGCGCAGAGGGCUGCUGAUGCCCCAAAGAGCGCAGCAGCGGUCGACGAGGCUGGUAAGUACUGGAUGCUCCGAGCGGCCCUGGUGAAGCCGCUGAACUCUCUGGGACCCGUCACUGGAAGUGCAGUGCUGGCAGCCGGAGGCUACAUUGAGUCAGAUGGCAGCACCCAGCACCUCACAUCGAAGCUGUGGUGGACCUGUGCAACGUUGCCGGUGACCUACAACCCCCUGGACGUUUCGAGAGUGGAAGCCAAGGUCGCUGUCAGGGCCAUGCGGCACUCGGCGGAGCAGAGCCUCUGA